GUUCUCAUGAUCUUGACUCACUCACCUUCACCGUUCACGAUGGAGCAGAGGAACAGCCCAAGUUUCUUUUCCUUCGUGGGCCGGGUUGUAUACAAAUACUUCGUCUGAGUCGCCGCGGAAAUUCUCUCCCACUUCCUCUCACACUUCCUCUCUCACCCAAUCUUGUAUCGCACAAUUCCGAUCACUUUCGACUGGUAAACAAUUCCUUCUCUUUCAUCGACUGGUAUACAUCUUUCUCUCUCAUCGUUAACGGUUGUUACACUUUACCUUUCGACUGAACUAUGGAGAAGUCGAUGGAGCAGUCGAUGGGUGAGUCGAAGAUCGACUCGAUCACCAACGGUCAUACGCCCGACUGGUCGCCGGACUCGUGGCGCGAGAAACCCAUCAAGCAAUGCCCGGAAUAUCCUGAUCAAGAUGCCCUUGCCAAGUCACUGGCAGAGCUCAAGCGUCUUCCUCCCAUUGUCCACCCCCGCGAAAUUGUUCUUCUCAAGCAGCUCCUUGCCGAUGUAGCCCAAGGCAAAGCAUUCCUCCUUCAGGGCGGAGAUUGCGCGGAGCUCUUUGACUACUGUGAGCAGAACGCCAUCGAGUCCAAGAUCAAGCUUCUGCUUCAGAUGAGUCUGGUGCUCAUUUGGGGUGCCGAUAAGCGUGUUGUUCGGAUCGGUCGUAUGGCCGGACAAUACGCAAAGCCUCGUUCGAGCCCAAUGGAGACCAUCGACGGUCGCCAAGUCCCGUCCUUCCGAGGUGAUAUCCUCAAUGGCUUCCAUCCUGACGAGCGUGAGCUGGAUCCAAACAGACUGGUUCGGGCUUACCAUCAUUCGGCUGCUACCUUGAAUUACAUUAGAGCUGCCAUCUCAUCCGGAAUUGCCGACCUUCACCGUCCGAUGGAUUGGGGUCUCGGCCAUGUUCGUGACCCGGCCCUCAAGGCUAAGUACCAGGAGGCCGUCGACUUUCUUACAGACAUGCUCCGCUUCAUGCACACUAUUGGAGCCGACAAGAGCGAUAAAUUGGGCACAGUCGACCUCUUCACCAGCCACGAGGGUUUGCUCCUUGAGUAUGAGCAGUGUAUGACUCGUCUCCUUGACGACCCGACUUCUGCCCUGCCGCACACUAAGAAGGAUUACUACGAUACUUCAGCCCACUUCCUCUGGAUUGGCGAUCGCACCCGCCAACUCGACCACGCCCACGUUGAGUUCUUCAGAGGCAUCGCGAAUCCAUUGGGCGUCAAGAUUGGCCCAUCUACGCCUACCUCGGAUCUGCUUCCGCUACUUCGCACCCUUAACCCCUCGCGUGAACCAGGCAAAGUCACGCUGAUUACUCGCUACGGCGCCGGCAAGGUAGCCGAGCUGUUGCCGGCUCACAUUCGCGCUGUCGAAGACAGCGAAUACGCUCGCACCGUCGUCUGGCAGUGCGACCCCAUGCACGGCAACACCCGUUCUGUCAGCGGUGGCAUCAAGACUCGCCGCUUCAGCGACAUUUUCAGCGAGCUCGAGCAGACCUUGCGUAUUCACAAAGAGCAGGGCAGUUACCUGGGCGGUGUCCACCUCGAGUUGACGGGCGAUGCUGUCACUGAGUGUCUUGGUGGUAGUGAGGGAUUAGACGAAGACGAUUUGUCCACCAACUAUACUAGCUUCUGUGACCCGCGUCUGAACGAGAAGCAGGCGCUUGAGCUUGCUUUCCUGAUUGCCGGUCAUUACCGGCGUGAGCGGCAGGAAAAGACUGCCUAA